AUGGCUGAUCCUUAUGACUGCUCCGCCUUCUUUGACGAACUCAACGCCGCCAUUCCCGAUCAACGCGCUCACCCGAGCGAGAUGCAUAAAUCCAUAUUACAUCUCAAUGGCGUCCGCCCAUCCGAGUACAGCGACGGCUUCAACAAUCACGCGGAAAUGAACCAGUUUGUCACGUCCAAGAUCAAUGAUGGCAAAUGCUUCCAGGAGCGUACAGGAUCUCAGCCUAUGGACGGAGUGCUCAAAGAAAUCGUCGACGACUGGGAUGUACAUAUAGACUUGGACUCGCUGAGCAAGAAGGACUCAUACACGCUACUCAAGCGUCACAGCGGAGGAGCUAUGAUCAAGGAUCUAUCGAAACUGUAUAGGGAGUUCGGCAUCUCCCCCGCGAAGCUGCGCCCGCUUCGCGAGAACAAGGCGACAGCGAUCGUCAAACAGCUCAGCGAGGCCCCGAAGCCCCCCCAAGGCAACUACGAGCCUCUCUUCGACAACAUAGAAGGUUCUAUCCGCGAGGACCGCGUGCAUCUGAGCUCGCGUCAAAAGCACAUGAUCAGUCUGAACGGCGUCAUGCCGGCGGAAUUCAGCGCCGGGUUCUCAGGGACAGGAGCUGCCCACACGUUCGUCGACGCGAAGAUGCAGCAGGCGCAGGCCUUCGCGGAAGAGCAUGGAACUCGUCCGGCCGACGGUGUUACCAAGGAGCUGCUGCUGCGCUGGGGAGUCAACUUCGAUCCGGCGACGCUGACGAAAGACGACAUGUACAAGCUGCUGCAGCGCACCAGCGGGGGUGCGCGCGUGAAACAGUAUCAAGAACUGGUACUCGACUUCGGCAUCGCACCUGAGAAGCUCCGUGGACUGAGCGAGGCAAAGGCGACGUAUAUCCUUCAACAAUUCAACGCUCGCGCUCAAGCCGUCAAGCGCGCUCGAAGCGCGGACGAGAGCGACCAGCAGACCGGGCCGGUGCUGACCGCUCUGCCGAAUGGCGCCCAGGCGGCCGCGCCGCCGAACGGCGCCCAGGUGGCCUCGCUGCACCCACCCGCGCCGGCCGCGAUGCACCCGCCCGUCGCGGCCGCGCCACCCGCUGCUGCAGCGGUUCUACCGAUCCCAAACAUCGCCGACGCUGGGGCGACCACGACGGCUGCUCCCCCGCCGCAGCGCCGCCGCCGCAAUACUGCUGCGGCGCCCAACCAAUGA